AAAUGAAAGAGAAAUAAAAAAGAAAAAAAAGAAAAAUUGAGUGAAAUCAAGCCAUCAGCAAGAAGGAGAGGCUAGCAUUGCUCUCAAAAUCCUAAAGAUAAGAGAGUGAAACCCAAAACCCUUUCCUUAUCCUAUCUUCUUCUUCUUCUUUUUUGAUUUUCAAUCACUUCUCUAUUCACUCACUCACUCAAACUUUCAUAAUAUACUAUCCUUCUCUUUUUUUCUCAUUACCCAUUUCCCCAUUUCCUCUCAUUUCCCCUCAAAACCCCUUUUCUCCGUUUCCCCAUCUUAAUCUCAUCUGAAUUCACUACUCAUGAUUUUUGUUCAUUUGGGUCACCAACAAUUCUCUUCAAACACUUGAAACUUUGUUUUCUUUGGCCUCUCAAUCUGAAAAAAGGAGUCUAGGAUAUGGCUCCAAGGUCUAGCAGAGGAAAACCCAACAAAGCAAAAUCUGAAAAGAAGAAGAAAGAAGAGAAAGUGAUUCCUAGUGUUGUCGACAUUACUGUUCUUACUCCUUAUGAAUCCCAAGUUGUUCUCAAGGGUAUCACUACUGAUAAGAUUCUGGAUGUGAGGAGACUGUUGGCUCAGAAUGUAGAGACAUGUCACCUAACAAAUUAUUCUUUAUCCCAUGAGGUCAAGGGGCAGAAAUUGAGUGACAAAAUGGAGAUUGCUAAUCUCAAACCUUGUUUGUUAAAAAUGGUUGAAGAGGACUACUCCAAUGAAGCUCAAGCCGUGGCCCACGUUCGGAGGCUGCUGGACAUUGUGGCCUGCACCACCAGGUUCUGCAAGCCGAGGCGCGCCUCAACGCCGGAGUCUCGGGCCAAGAAGAAUAGCAGAGUACAUAAUCAUGCCAAUAUGAAUUCCUCUUCUCCUGUGGACGGGGCAUCGGAAGUUCGAUGUGGGUCCCCGUCUUCUCAGCCGGAGCCAUCUGUCUCGGUUGUUUCCGACAAUCUUGGAAUGGCUGCCAUUCAUCCGACGCCAAAGCUCUCCGACUUCUUCGAGUUCUUCUCCCUGGCCCACAUCUCUCCUCCUAUUCUACAAUUGAGGAGAUGCAACUUGAAAGGUGCAGCGGACGAGAAACGCGAUGGAGCUUACUUUGGAAUGCAGGUUAAAAUAUGCAAUGGAAAACUAAUACAAGUAACUGCCUCAGCAAAGGGAUUUUAUACUGCAGGAAAGCAGUUUGUACAAAGCCAUUCUCUUGUGGACCUUCUGCAGCAACUCAGCAGAGCUUUUGCCAAUGCAUAUGAGUCUUUGAUGAAGGCGUUUCUUGAACAUAACAAGUUUGGAAAUCUUCCAUAUGGAUUUCGGAUGAAUACUUGGCUUGUUCCUCCAUCUGUCAUUGAAACUCCAUCAGACUUGCCACCAUUACCAGUAGAAGAUGAAAAUUGGGGUGGCAAUGGCGGUGGCCAAGGACAAAACAAUGACCAUAAUCUACGGCCGUGGGCUACCGAUUUCGCGGUAUUGGUAAAGCUUCCUUGCAAAACCGAGGAGGAGAGGAUUGUCCGAGACCGGAAAGCAUUUCUACUUCACAGCCAAUUUGUUGACAUUGCAAUACAAAAAGCUGUUUCAACAAUUUCUAGUCUUAUAGAUUCCAACUCAGCAGGACAAGUUACAGUAAAAUCGCCCGGCAUUGUUUAUGAGGAUCAAAUUGGAGACUUAUCUAUCGUGAUAAGACGUGAUCCAAUCGAUGCAAGUACAAAGCCUGUGGUGAAACUCGAUGGUUAUGGAUUAGAUGGUGUAUCUGAUGAGGAAGUUGCACAAAGAAACUUGCUAAAGGGGCUGACUGCAGAUGAAAAUGUAGUUGUUCAGGAUACUUCCUCCUUAAGUCUUGUCAUUGUAAAGCACUGUGGAUACACUGCAAUGGUAAAAGUCGUCGGUAAAGUAAAGACCGGACAAGAUGAGAAUCAAGAUAUUGUAAUUGAGGAUCAACCAGAUGGAGGGGCCAAUGCUCUCAACAUCAACAGUCUGAGGAUUCAGCUUCACAAAAUCAAUGCUAAUGCACCUGAAGAAUGCUUGUUGGCUCAAACAACCUUAGACGAUCUUGAAUCCUCCCGAGUUUUGGUUCGAAAAGUAAUCAAAGAGAGCUUGUCAAAGCUAGAGGAGGAGGCAACAACUUCAAAGAAAUCAAUUAGAUGGGAACUCGGUUCAUGUUGGUUGCAACAUCUACAAAAACAGGAAAAUGAACCAGAUUCCAAGUCCAAAUCCCCUGAGUAUGCCAAGGAGAUUGAACCAGCAGUCAAAGGUCUAGGAAAGCAGUUCAAGCUUUUGAAGAAGAGGGAAAAGAAGCAAACCGUGGUCGACAACGAGGAGGAAGAAAAGCAUUGUGCAGCUGACAGCCCGAACACGAAAACUGAAACCAACGGUGAGGAAGAUCUAGAGAAACUAAUAUCCAAACAAGCAUUGGCACGCCUUAAAGAAAGUGGAACUGGUCUUCAUCUAAAGACAGCAGAUGAGCUAAUGGUGAUGGCACACAAGUACUAUGAUGAAAUUGCAUUGCCAAAGCUGGUGACAGAUUUUGGGUCACUUGAACUUUCACCUGUUGAUGGCCGUACAUUAACCGAUUUCAUGCACUUGAGAGGACUUCGAAUGUGCUCCUUGGGUCGAGUGGUGGAGUUAGCAGAGAAGCUUCCACACAUACAAGCACUAUGCAUCCACGAGAUGGUAAUUCGAGCCUUCAAGCACGUAAUCAAAGCCGUGAUCGCCGCCGUGGAGAACACCGCAGAGCUAUCCGCCGCCAUAGCCUCGUCCCUGAACUUCCUCCUCGGAUGCUACGGAUCAGAAGAGGAGGAGAACAACAACGUAAACGAAGACGGAGCUCUGAGACUGCAAUGGCUACGCACAUUCUUAAGCAAGAGGUUCGAGUGGAGAUUGAGCAACGAGUUUCCACACUUGAGAAAGCUUUCCAUUCUUCGAGGGAUCUGCCAUAAGGUAGGGCUGGAAUUGGCGCCGAGAGAUUUCGAUUUGGAAUGCCCUAAUCCGUUCCGGAGAAACGACGUCGUGAGCGUGGUCCCUGUUUGUAAGCAUGUGGGUUGCACGUCGGCGGAUGGCCGGAACCUGUUGGAAUCGUCCAAAGUUGCUCUUGAUAAAGGCAAGCUUGAUGACGCUGUCAAUUAUGGAACCAAGGCAUUGGCAAAAAUGAUUGCUGUUUGCGGUCCGUACCAUCGAACCACUGCAAGUGCUUAUAGUCUUCUAGCUGUAGUGCUCUACCACACUGGUGACUUCAAUCAGGCAACAAUAUAUCAACAAAAGGCUCUGGAUAUCAAUGAAAGGGAGCUCGGGCUUGAUCAUCCUGACACGAUGAAGAGCUAUGGAGACCUUUCGGUUUUCUACUAUCGCCUUCAACACAUCGAAUUAGCUCUCAAGUAUGUAAACCGAGCGUUGUUCCUUCUCCAUUUCACGUGUGGACUAUCUCACCCCAACACUGCUGCAACAUACAUUAAUGUUGCAAUGAUGGAAGAAGGUGUGGGAAAUGUUCAUGUUGCUCUUAGAUAUCUGCAUGAAGCUCUUAAGUGCAACCAGAGGUUACUUGGAGCUGAUCACAUUCAGACUGCUGCAAGCUACCAUGCCAUUGCCAUUGCUCUUUCUUUAAUGGAGGCGUAUUCACUAAGCGUGCAACACGAACAAACAACACUCAAUAUACUCAAAAUCAAACUUGGAGAAGAAGACCUUCGCACUCAGGAUGCGGCUGCGUGGCUGGAAUAUUUUGAGUCGAAAGCUCUGGAGCAGCAGGAAGCAGCACGUAAUGGAACUCCAAAGCCUGAUGCACUAAUUUCGAGCAAAGGCCACCUUAGUGUAUCAGAUCUCCUGGAUUAUAUUAAUCCUGAUCAAGAUCCGAAAGGGAAUGAUGCACAGAGGAAACAUAGACGCACUAAGGUAGUGAGUGCAAGUGAUAAAACUCAUCAGGAGCAUCAAAAUCAAAUGGCUGAGGAUGAGUUGCACAUUGAUACUCCAAGACCAGUUACUGAGUUAUCACAUGAUAGUGUAGUUAAGGAAGUUAAAAUCAGCAAUUUUUUACAUGUAGAGAAAAAGAAAUUAGUUGAAAACAUCACUGCGAUUACGACAGUGGUUAAAAGUGAAACUGUGGAAGAAACUUAUUCAGAUGAUGGGUGGCAGGAGGCUCACUCAAAAGGGCGGUCAGGGCAUGUCAUUGGACGGAAGGUUGGCCGGAAACGACGGGUUCUGCCUAAGCUAAAUGUGCACCACUCUGAAUAUUCUAAUGUCAGACAGAGUAAUUACAAGCAGGAAACAAUCUCUCCAGUGCAGAAACCAGCAGCUGUUAAGACCAUUCAAAGUGGUUUUCCACAGACAAAGCAAUCAAUUCCACAAAGAUCAAGUGCAGGCGAUGAUUUAAUCAAGCUGCAGGCAAAAGCGACAGCUUCCAAGGUCAUCUCGCCAUCUCCUGCUUCGGUUUCUCAAAUAGCUUCAAGAUCCAUAUCUUACAAAGAAGUAGCUCUGGCCCCUCCUGGUACUGUUCUAAGGCAAUUGGUUGAUACGGAAAAUAUUAACGAGUUAGAGGAGAAAGUAGCUGAACCCCAGAACCGUAAUCAUUCAGAAAUGGCAAAAAAUGAUGAAACGAAUAAUAUUUCUGUUGAAGUGAUUCAAAAGGAAGUAGUGGAACCAAUUCUUAAUACUCCUGAGUCAGAAAAUCAAAGCCAAGAUAGUGAAGAGAUGAUGUCCUGUUCAUCUCCUUCGGAAAAGCCUGCAGAAACAAAUGCUAGCAAGCUUUCGGCUGCAGCCGAACCAUUCAAUCCUGGUACUUCUCUGACUAGUGGUUUAAACACAGCUGCAGUCACUAGCAUAUAUGAUGUAAGAGCAAGCCAAGGCGCUCUAGAGCCUUUGCUUCCUCCAGCAACUUCAAGAGUCCCUUGUGGACCUCGAUCACCUCUAUAUUACCGAACCAACAACUCAUUUCGUAUGAAACAUGGUUUUUUGAAAUACCAAGCUCCUGUCAUGGGAAGAAGUGGAUUUGGAGCUGCAACAAUGAUGAAUCCACACGCCCCUGAAUUCGUCCCUCAAAGAGCUUGGCAAACAAACCACGGAGAAACAAAUAGCAAAGUUCAAACAGAAUUGAAUCCUCCGCCGAAAACAAGUGUGGACGAAGAUGAUAAACUGGCUGAAAGAUCAACCUCUACAAUCGAAAGUAAAACAAAGAAAAGCAUCUCCGACUGUGAGAAGUCCGAGCUUGCAAGGCAGAUAUUGUUGAGCUUCAUUGUGAAAUCAGUUCAGAACAAUAUGGAUUCAGGUGUUGAUGAACCUUCAGGUAAAGAGAAGUUCAAACCUUCAGAAAACUCAUCAGACGCAAUAGCUAACGACAGUGCCAUAAUCAAAAUUUUAUAUGGGAACGAAGGACAGUUACAGCUGUCAGGUGAUAACCAAAACGAGAAGGGCGGCGAUGUAAAUAAGAAUAAAGCCGGGGAUGGUGAAGGAUUUAUAGUGGUUAAGAACAGGAGAAACAGACAGCAGUUCACAAAUGGGGUGGCUGGUCUGUACAACCAGCAUUCAAUCUGUGCUUCUGUUCGUUGAGAUUAUUAGGCAGAAUGAAAGAAACUGAUCCCAGAGUCACUAAGAAAUGGCUGUCUGUGGCGCUGCUCAUUCUGAUUUCAAAUCUGGAAAGAAAAGGAUGCAAUUUUGCGCGGGAAUAAAAACAGUGAAUCUGGGCAAACGGAUAUGAAAGGCAAGUUUCAUCUUUUUAAUUUUGAUUCUGCUGAUUUAGUAGUUAGCAACCCCACUUGUGAGCGUGCUAAUAAUCUUUGCAAAAGUGCUUUUUUCUUUUUCUUUUUCUUUUUCUUUUUCUCCCCGUUUUUUGUCCAUUAUCAUUGAAUUUUCUUAGAUCAAUAAAAGGGUAAAUUUAAUAAGUUCAAA